AUGCUCGGCUCUACUCUGUUGUCACUGCUCCCGUUGGCAGCGGCCGUACCAUGGGGUAACCCAGGAGGAUGGGGUGGUGGAGGAUCUUCAUCGUCGACUCCCAACUUUGACAACGUCACCAUCUUCGUGGCGCCGGAUGACUGGGAGCGUCGCAGCACGAGCUACGCUCGGGUCGUCCUGUUGAACCAAAACUGCGAGACCGACAAUGUCCUCCUGACGACAUUCACACUCACGCCCGACGGAGAACGUUACUAUCCGGUCUUUGCGUCUCACGACCAGGGCCAGUCGUGGGAAGAGAUCUCAAAGAUCUACUUCACCCAAGAAGAUACGGGCCACGACUUCAGCCAAGGCUUCCUGGCCCAGCCUGACUUCCUCGAGUUGCCCAUAGACGUGGGUGACUACCCGGCCGGGACCGUCUUGUUCACGGGCAUGGGUCAGCCCAAUGACAUGUCAUCCACCAACAUUUACGUCUAUGCCUCUAGAGACAAAGGGUACACGUGGGAAUUCGUCUCUCAAGUCGCCCAGGGCGGCCCUGCCAACACCACCAACGGCGCCACCCCCAUCUGGGAGCCCUUCCUGCUCAUGUCCCCGGUCAGCCACGACCCGCCGUGGGUGAUGGACGCCUACUCGGACCAACGCGACCCGGCCCACGGGCAGAAACUCGCCCACCAGUCCUCUCCCGACCUCAAGUCCUGGGGGCCCGUGAUGGACGACGCGGCCGAGGCCAACUACACGCAGCGACCCGGCAUGACCACCAUGGCCAAGAUGGGCAACGGCAUGUACAUCUUCACCUACGAACUGGGGUUCUCGACCGACGGCCUCCCCACCAACUCACCCUAUGCGGUCCACUACCGCAUGUCCCCGGACCCCGAAUACUUUGGCGCCGCCGAGGAGCACCUCCUUCGCUCGUCGACCGACGGCCUGAUCCCCAGCUCGAGCCCUUACGUGGUCUGGACCCCCGUCGGCCCCACCGGCAAAGGGACACUCGUCGUCAGCGACGGCUCCUACUCCCAGGUCUUCAUGAACACCGAGUACGGUGACCCGGACGCCUGGUUCACCGUCGACACCACCCACGGCGUCGGCUACAGUCGCAGUCUGACCGUCAUGCCGGACGAGACCAAGGUCAUGCUGGUCAACGGGGGCAUGUACAACACCAGCGUCACCAUGGUCACCGCGGGGAUGAUCGACAUCCCCGGGACGUACGCCGACGGGUUCGGCCCCGAGGCGAGUGGCGGAAAGGAUUCUGUCAGCAGUUGUGGCGGGAAAGGCUUCUGGAACAACUGGGGAGAUGAAUGA